CCCUGUUGAAGCUUCCCGCCACAUGCAGGCGAAGUAAAAUGUCUCAAUAAUAAUGUCCGUCUUGUCUUUUACUGUAAAUGAGCUCACGACGUAAAUUUGGCUAAGCCAUGUCUUCCUCAAAGAUUUCCUUGGAUAAGGAGGCGUUUUUUCGCCGUGCCAAACGAAUAUACGCCGCUUGGAAGGCUUCAUCGUCGGAGAACGGUACGUCAUUGAAGGAAGUUGAUUCAAUCGUCGUCGCAGUUGGAAACGAUGAAGAUAUAUUAUACAGCAAGUCAACAGCUCUACAUCAAUGGCUUCUGGGUUAUGAACUCAGCGACACUCUCAUGGUGUUUGCUGAUAAUUCGAUAAAUAUUCUUGCAAGCAAAAAGAAGAUAGACUUCCUCAAACCUUUGGUUGAGGCGAGAAAAAAGCAUGAAGGUUUUCCUGAGAUAAAUCUCAAUUUGAGAGAUAAGUCUGACAAAGAUAAGACUAACAUUGAAAAACUCAUCAAGAUCAUGAAAGAAAGUAAAAAGGGCAAAAAUAUUGGCGUGUUCGUGAAAGAUAAUUUUCACGGUGACUUUAUGGAUUCCUGGAAUGAAGCAUUGAAAAAACUGCCUUUUGAAAAGGUCGACAUAAGCUCUAAUAUAGCAUACACAAUGGCUGCCAAAGAAGAUGGCGAACUUAAUAACGUCAAAAAAGCUUCGCUUGUCACCUCUGAUAUCUUCAGCAAGUUUUUCAAAAACCACAUAAUGGAGAUAGUCGAUCAAGAAAAGCGGGUAAAACACACAAAAAUAGCCGAUAAUGUUGAGGCUGCUUUGGAAUCAAAGAAAUACUUGGUCAGCGGCAUGGAUCACGAACUAACGGAAAUGUGUUUCAAUCCCAUAAUUCAAAGUGGGGAAAAUUUCAGUUUAAAAUUCAGUGCUCAAAGCAAUGACGAUCGUCUUGAUUUUGGCGUCAUAAUUUGUAUAUUUGGUGUUCGUUACAAGUAUUAUUGUAGCAGUAUUAUAAGAACGAUGCUGGUUCAACCAUCAGAGGAACAACAAGGCAACUACAACAUUUUAUUAUCAACUCUUGACGUCGUUAUCGACAAACUUAAAGAUGGCGUUAAGUUGUGUGAUGUUUACAAUACUGCCCUGGAGCAUGUUAAGGAAAAGAAACCAGACUUAGUGUCUAAGUUUGUGAAGAGUAUUGGAUUUGUAAUGGGAAUCGAAUUUCGCGAAAGCUCGUUGAUAAUAAAUGCCAAGUCGAGUCACAAAGCACAGAAAGGUAUGGUGUUUUGUAUAAGCGUCGGUUUCUCUGGCCUUUCCAAUAAAGAGGAAAACUCCACAAAGGAGAAACAAUACGCGUUGUUUAUCGGAGACACCGUUGUUAUAAAUGAUAAAGGUCCCGCGACGUUGCUCACUCUUGCGAAGAAGAAGAUCAAUAACAUCGGUAUAUUUCUAAAGGACGAAGAUGAACAAGACGACUCGGAUAACGUCGAUGAGGAAGCAUUGUUACGAAACACAGAUGGAAAAUCGAAAUUGUUGGAAAACAGAACGAGGACGGAGAUGAACGCUGAAGAUAAACGAAAAGCUCAUCAACAAGAACUGAGGGAACAGUUACACGAAGAAGCCAAAAGACGACUGUUAGAAACAAAGGGUAAAACACCGGAGAAAAAAAUCCGUGCAUCAAACAUCGCCUACAAACACAGCUCUCUUGUCCCACGGGAUAAAGACGUUCGUGAAUUAAAGGUUUUUUUAGAUAAAAAGUACGAGGCAGUUAUCUUACCUGUUUUUGGCAUCGCAACUCCGUUUCAUAUCUCCACUGUCAAAAACAUCAGUACAAGUGUUGAAGGCGACUAUACUUACCUACGAAUUAACUUCUUCAGCCCAGGAAGUGCUCUCGCGAAACCGGAUGUGAACAAUUUUGCAGAACCCGACGCGACUUUCCUCAAAGAAGUCACUUACCGAAGUUCAAUGCAAAAGUCCAUGGGUCAGUCCGUUGCGUCUGCUGCGAACCUCAAUAACGCCUUUCGUUUCAUCAAAGAAGUACAGAAGAAAUUCAAAACUCGCGAAGCAGAAGAGAAAGAAAAGGAGGGCAUCGUAAAACAAGAUGCUUUAGUGGUGAAUAACAGCAAGAAUAAUCCAAAACUAAAAGAUCUUUACAUUCGGCCAACUUUGGGCACAAGACGUAUACCGGGAACACUCGAGGCUCAUAUGAAUGGUUUCCGAUUUCAAUGUGUCAAUGGCGAGCGUGUUGAUAUUUUAUAUGGAAACAUUAAACACGCAUUCUUUCAGCCCUGUGAUCACGAGAUGAUCAUACUUAUCCAUUUUCAUCUGAAGAAUGCUAUAAUUAUUGGCAAGAAAAAGUAUCGCGACAUUCAAUAUUAUACAGAGGUUGGCGAAAUCACGACGGAUUUGGGUAAAAAUCAACACAUGCACGACAGAGAUGAUCUUCAAGCGGAACAGGCGGAACGCGAGCUACGACAGCGUCUCAAAGCCGCUUUUAAACAUUUCAUCGAUCGAGUUGAAGGAAUAACGCACGGUCAAGUUGAGUUUGAUGUUCCAUUCAGGGAACUUGGAUUUAUUGGCGUUCCCUUUCGCAGUACAGUUUUACUUCAACCGACGACGCACUGUCUUGUAAUGCUAACUGAACAACCUGUUUUUGUGAUAACUCUUGAUGAGGUCGAAUUAGUGCACUUCGAGAGAGUUCAAUUUCAUUUAAAGAAUUUCGAUAUGGUGUUCAUCUUCAAAGAAUACACAAGAAAAGUUGAACAUGUCAAUUCUAUACCCAUGACAUCGUUGGACUCUGUGAAGGAAUGGUUGAAUUCGUGCGACAUAAAGUAUACGGAGGGCGUACAGAGUUUGAAUUGGAACCGAAUCAUGAAGACGAUCACCAAUGAUCCCCAAGAUUUUAUUGAAAAUGGUGGCUGGAGUUUCCUUGAGCCAGAUAGCAGCGAUGAAGAACAAGAAGAAGAGGACGAGGAAGAAAGCGAGUACGCUCCGAGUGAUUCCGAUGUUGCCGUGUCGGAAAGUGAAGAAAGUGAACUGUCCGGGGAGACUUCGGAGAGCGAGGAGGAUUCUGAAUUCGAAGAAGAGCUUGGCUCGGAUGAAGAAAGCGGAAAGGACUGGUCCGAAUUGGAAGAAGAAGCGACCAAAGCCGACAAAGAACGUGGCCGUGUCGAGGACGACACAAGCGCGUCACGUAAACGCAAGAAAUCUUCGGGAAAUGCCGCCACGCCGAACAAGAAAAAAGACGUAAAUAAAUCACGGACCCCUAAAGUCAAGAGAACACACAAAACCCGUACGACGUAUGACGCCGUUAAAAAGGACAAAACUAAUUAAGAGAAUCGAUCUUUCUAGAAAAGGGGCAAGUUGAUUGACUGUGGCACAUACAUUGUUUUGGAUUAUGCUUGCGUUUAGCUGCAACGCAUUAUUAAUGCUUGGAAGUUGUGAAGAAACUGCAGUGCCGGCAAAAUACAGUCGGAGAAAAGAUUUUUGUGAUAGUGUAAAAUAAAAUUUAAACUCUUA